CACAUAGUUCUCGGCACGUCUGCUUAGCGCAUCAUUUUUUCUCCUCCCUUCCGGAUAUCAAGAAAAGAUAUCUUCGAAAUAUCAGGGGGGGAAAAAAGAAGUUUCAACUUUUGAUUUCAAAGGAAUCAAACAACCGGAGAAAAUUUUGCCCAGGAAGAACACGAAUAUCAUCCUCAGGCCAAGAAUUCAAACUCCGAAAUCUCGUAAUUUUGUGAAUUCGACAAGAAUUGUGCAUGUGAUUGAAUGUAUUUGGUUGAUUUUUUCGUAUAUUUUAUGCUUUAGUCGUGGUGGGCUAUUGGUUCGCACGUUUCAAUUCGUAACAUUCUGAGCGUUUGACAUUCCAAUUCUCCAAUCAAUUUCUCGUCGGAAAACUUUACGUGGAUUAUUGGCAAAGUCGGUAAAAUGCGUAGCGACUCAGGAAGCUGUGGUUCGCGAAUUCGAUGACUUGGUUCGUUUAGAGGGAUUUCAGGCAAGAAAUUCCUUGGAGUUCGAUGAAAUGAGAAGAGAAAUAUACGGAUGGGAUGGUGAUGCAGAGAGAAAUGGAGUUGAGAGGAGCCGGUUAUGUGUUCAUUUUCGUGACUCUGCUCUGUGCAUUGGCAAUAGCGAGUUCAGAGGGCAGAAGGAAGACGAUCGAAAUGGUUCUCUUCAGUGCCGAUGAUUGCCGCCUCACAUCCUCGGAGUUGGGAGCACAUAUGAGCGAGCUGGCGUGCAUGAGAGAAUUGGCAGAGGGGGAAUAUAAAACUGAAGAAUUCGUUCCUUGUGUCCAAAAAGGGAACGGAGAUAGAGCUAUCAGAAUUCUGCCUCCUGACAUGAAACAGGGCUUAUUGGAUUGUCUUAGAAGGAAAAAUGUGCUUUCUCGUUCUUCUUCGGAAGAACGUCCCAGCUUUAACGAUUGGCUUAUAAGGCCAGUUGAAAUGAUCUUCGGGGGAUCCAAUAUUCCCAUGAGACAUCUGAUUAGCAAGUCAGAAAGUUCGCCACCAACGGACGCCGCUGCUGAAGCUCCAGCCCCAUCCCCAUCCCCAUCCCCAUCCCCUUCACCAGAUUCACCAGCAGAUUCUCCAUCACCAUCUCCAAGUGAUGCUCCAGUUUCAUCGAAGAGCGAUGCACCGUCGCCCUCUGCUGAAGCCCCAGCCAAGGCUCCAUCACCAAAGAAUCAUGAUCCUGUCAAGUCUCCGGUCGCCCGCUCUCCACCGCCAUCCAACAAGGACGAGGACAAGGACAAGGACAAGGUGCGCUCUCCUCCGCCAUCCAACGAGGACAAGGACGAGGUGCGCUCUCCACCACCACCAAAGGAGGACAAUGACGAGGUGCGCUCUCCACCGCCACCAAAGGAGGACAAGGACAAGGACAAGAACGAGAACACGGACAAGGACGCAGAUAACUUUGAUACGCCUCCAGCCCCGGUGGUCCGGUCACCACCUUCUCCACGUGCUCCUUCCAAGCCUCACCCUUCAGAGGAGCAGGAGGAGCAGGAUAACAGCGAGACGGUCAUAAUUGCCGCUGUGGUUGCAACUGGUGUGCUAGUUGUUCUUGUGGUUGCCAUGCUUUUGUUCUGCUGUCGCAGUGGUGAGAAAAGUAAGGUUGAACCGCAGAUUGGGCUAAAGGAUGAGAGACCUCUUCUCAACAUAUCUUUGAGCGAAAUAUCAGCGGGUUCUUCACAGAAGUCUUACACCAUUGGAAAUUCAGGAACGAAAGAGUUCAGCGCUGAUAAUGGAAAUAAAGCACCCUGUUUUGUUGGUAACUUGUCGGUGAAUCCUGAAAAUGGUACCUCUAAUGGUGAGGGUGUAACGUCUGAAGGUAACCCAUCAAUAAUGCCGCCUCUGAAACCCCCACCUGGAAGACAAGACUCUCAGCCUCCCGAUGCAGCUCCACCUCCAUCAGCAGCAGCAGCAGCAGCAGCAGCUACGGCACCUCCAGCACCUCCGCCCCCUGCAUCUAGGGCCCCACCCCCACCACCCAUGAAAGUUGGUCGGCCGCCACCUGCCCCACCGGGAGCAAUUCCUGGUAAACCUCAAGCAGCGCCUUUGGGACCACAUAAGCGUGGACCUAGUGGCUCAAGUAUGGAUGCGGAUUCAGGUGGCCAAAAGACCAAGUUAAAGCCCUUCUUCUGGGAUAAGGUUCUUGCCAACCCUGGCCAAUCCAUGGUCUGGCAUGAGAUCAGUGGUGGGUCUUUCCAAUUCAAUGAGGAGAUGAUGGAGUCUCUGUUUGGAUAUACAGCUGCGGAAGCUAACAGAGAACGCAGGAAAGAUUCAGUUUCGGAUUCUUCAGUGCAGUACAUUCAAAUCAUCGACGCUAAGAAAGCUCAAAACCUUUCAAUUCUGCUACGAGCACUCAAUGUGACAACAGCAGAAGUUUUGGAUGCCCUUCAAGAAGGAAAUCCUGAUCUUCCAGCGGAGCUUCUCCAAACCUUGUUGAAGAUGGCACCAACAACAGAAGAGGAACUCAAAUUGAGAUUAUUCACGGGUGACCUUUCUCAGCUAGGUCCUGCAGAACGGUUCCUCAAAGUGUUGGUGGACAUUCCAUUUGCUUUUAAAAGAUUGGAGUGUCUUCUUUUCAUGCUCUCCAUGGCGGAAGACGUCACUAACAUUAAAGAGUCAUUUGCAACUCUUGAGGUUGCUUCCAACAAGCUCAGAAACAGCAGGCUAUUUCUAAAGCUAUUAGAAGCAGUCCUCAAAACUGGCAAUCGGAUGAACGUGGGGACGUACCGUGGCGGUGCUCAGGCGUUUAAGCUCGACACGCUCUUGAAACUGGCUGAUGUUAAAGGAACCGACGGCAAGACUUCGCUCUUACACUUUGUUGUACAGGAGAUUGUUCGUUCGGAGGGCAUACGAGCAGCCCGCUCAGCCAGAGAAAGUCGAAGCCUCUCCAGUAUAUCCUCCGCCGAUACGAUUCUCGAGGACUUCACCGAUGAUUCAGCGGAACGCUAUCGGCAAUUAGGCCUUCAGGUAGUUUCUGGUUUGAGCACGGAGCUUGCGGACGUUAAAAAGGCAGCAGCCAUAGAACCGGAAGGCCUGACGACGACCAUAUCGAAACUCGGGCAGUCUCUGUUGAAAGCCAAAGGAUUUAUAAAUGCGGAGAUGAAAAGUUUAGACGAAGACAGCAAAUUCCUCCAAUCGGUGUCUAAAUUUUUGGAGGAAGCAGAAGCGGAUAUAGCGUGGAUUGGAGGAGAAGAAAAGAAGAUAAUGGCACUAGUAAAGAGCACGGUGGAUUACUUCCAUGGAAAUUCUGGAAAGGACGAAGGAUUGCGAUUAUUCACGAUCGUACGAGAUUUCUUAAUUGUGUUGGACAAGACGUGUAAACAGGUUAAAGAAGCAGCUGAAGCUGCGGCAAAGCAAGCGAAGAGUUCCAAAAAAGAACCUCCGACACCGUCGGCUACUUCUAAGCAGAAUUCAGAUCUUCGGAAGCGGCUAUUUCCGGCGAUCGCAGAACGACGGGUGGGCGAGGAGUCAAAUUCUUCGGACGACGAGGAAGACGACGGCGAGAGUUCAUCUUCAUCGUCCUAGAUUGCAUAUAUUUUUAAUUCUACAUGUCGGAAUUGUUUUGUGUGAAUGAAAGAGAGAAAAAUCUGCUACAAAAAUUUCUGGCGUAACUUUGCGAGCAGAGUCAUCUAUCAGAAAUAGAAUUCUGUUUGUAUUUAAGGAAUUGAUUCCCCUUUGAUGACUUCAUUUUAUCCUCGAUUACGGUAAAAUCUUUCAUGGAAUUCAAAGGUGGAACCCUCGUUUUAAAAUCUUUCAUGCAAUUCUCCCUGCUUCUAAUUACUGAUAU